UGUCCCAAAGUUAACAUGCAUCAUGUCUUCAUCUAUGGCACGCUGAAGAAAGGCCAGCCCAACCACUCCUUAAUAAACAACACUACCAUCGGUCAGGCCGAGUUCCUUGCUCACGUUCGAACCAUAGAGCGAUACACACUCAUGAUUGCCACCAAAAACAAUUACCCCUUCCUGCUCAAUGUGCCUGGUAAGGGCAAGCGCGUCCACGGUGAGAUCUACUCUGUAGACCAGAAGAUGCUGGACUUCCUGGACGACUUUGAAGAAUGUCCUGAGUUGUACCAGCGCACCAAGGUCCAGCUGGAGGUGCAGGACGUGGACGGUGAAGGAGAAAACACACUGAAGCCUGGAAGAAUCGAGGAAGCCUUUGUGUACAGCACGAAUACAUAUGAACCAGAGUGGCUCCUGAAACCAACAUAUGAUAAUUAUGAUACGAACGGUGAUCACGGACUGCCAUAUCAUGAGGACACAAGCCCUGAGUAAUGACUGUACAGCUGCUGAUUACCAGGGUCCAAAAGUGUCACAUCAUUUUAUAAUUUAUAUUUUUGUGUGUUUUCUUAUGAUUAUGUGUUUGUUUAGAUGUUUAAUUUCAUUUAAUUUAAUUUCAUAUAAGUGACAAAUAUAUCAAAGCCUGGAAGAGCCAUUUUGUUUUUAUUUUUGUUUAUGUAUGGAAUAUGUCAUAUUACAGAGAAGAAGAAACAAUCCUAGAGAAAUGUUAGUUUAAUUUAGAAUCAUUUUAGAAAUUUGUUUUCUUUUCUGCAUUUAAUUUAAUGGCAAGUGUUAAUUAAGUGUUAUUUUUUUAGGCCCUGAUUUUUAAUGUUGUAUGUAUUCAGAUUAUAUAUUAAUGUUGUUAUAUAUGAAUAUAUGCUGUCAUAAAAAGUACCAUGUUCACAGGGAAUAUUUGCAAGGAUAUAUACAUUCAAAUAAUUGCAAAAGAUCGAACUGUAAAAGAAAAUGGGAACAAUCUAUUAUAAUAUUUUUUUAAAGUUAUCGAAUCCUAAUCUUGAAUAAAUGUGGUGUGCUAGCAAAUCACUCCAGUAUUGUAUAUCUAAAUUACAGGAUGGGUUUGUAUACUUCAUAAUAUUAUAUUUUAU